AUGGGGGCCGUUACAGACAUCAGUCACACGUUCGACCACAACCCAGACCAGGAGCCUCCGAGGGAGUUCGAGACUCAACUGCUUCAUGCCGGCCGGUUCCCGGAUAUCUUGGGUAGUUGCGCUGUGCCUGUGUACAGCUCGGCACCCACAGUCAAUACCCUCCAAAACCGCUUGGCCGAGUUGGAAGGUGGUGUGGCGGCAUGUGCUGUCGCAUCCGGUUCGGCAGCCGUGGCCAUGACCAUACUGGCUCUCGCCGGCGCCGGCGACAACUUCGUCUCGUCAUUUCAUGUCCACGCCGGCACGUUCCACCAGUUCAGCACCCUGGCUACGCAGAUGGGUAUCGAGUGCCGCUUCGUCAAGUCUCGAGACCCUGUAGACUUUGCGGCUGCUAUCGACGACAAAACCAAGUUCGUCUGGGUCGAGAGCAUCAGCAACCCUGGCAACGUGAUUUUGGAUUUUGAGGCGCUUUCGCUUGUUUGCCACGCCAAGGGAGUUCCGUUGAUUUGCGACAAUACAUUUGGCUGUGCUGGAUACUUCUGUCGUCCCAUCGACCACGGGGUGGACAUCCUCGUUCACUCAGCUACCAAAUGGAUCGGAGGGCACGGUACUACAGUAGGUGGUAUCAUCGUCGACAGCGGCGCCUUUGACUGGGGUAGUCACGCAGAUCGAUUUCCCCAGUUCCACGACCCCCGUACGAGGCUCUGGGAGCGCUUCUCACACCGGUCCUUCGCCAUCCGCUGCCAGUUCGAGAUCCUCCGCGACACGGGAAGCACUCUCAGCGCCGCCGCGGCCCAGCAGCUGCUGAUUGGUCUCGAGUCUCUCGCCGUACGCUGCGAGCGUCACGCGCAGAAUACGGCAGAAAUUGCCGACUGGCUGCGGGAGCAACCCUUGGUCGCCUGGGUUAACUACGUCGGCCACCAAGAUCAUCGGGAUCACCGGGAGGCGCUCAGGUACUUCAAACGAGGGUUCGGCUCCGUCAUCUGCUUCGGUCUCAAGGGCGGAUUCGAAGCAAGUGCUCGAUUAUGUGAUGCCUUUAAGAUGAUUAUGAUCACUACAAAUCUCGGCGAUGCCAAGACCCUCGUCGUGCACCCAGCUUCGACCACGCAUGAGCACUUCAGCCCUCAUGAUCGGGCCGAGGUCGGGGUUACAGAGGACAUGAUUAGGCUAUCUGUCGGCAUCGAGAAUAUCAAGGAUAUCAAGGCCGACUUCCAGCAGGCCUUUGAACAGGUAUUGCAUGCAGGGACCAGUAAGAUUCGUGAAGUCAAGGGUGGAAAGAUUCAACUUCAGGACGAGAUCAACGGCCACCUCUACGGACCUUCAGCACGUCCAUGGGCACGGGUACGAGAAGGAGGCAACAUGGGGUAG